CCCGAAUGGUUUCUCCCUGUCCCCUUCAGUCAGUGUGUAACAACAUGGCGGCUCCCGGGCGGCAUGUCGGACGCUUCAUUCACAGAAACGGAAGAUUAUUGCUCAAUAACCUGCAGCAGACACGGAGCCACAGGAGUUUCGGUUGGACUGCAGCUCUGCGACAACAAGCUGCAGAAGCCGAUAAAGAAUCUACAGAGACCAUUGUCAUUCCAAGGAAGAAAACAUGGAGCAAGGAGGCGGUGCUGGAGGCUCUGGCGGCGACUGUCAGCAGGGAUCCUACAGCAUAUCCCUACCAGUUCCAAGACGAUUCAUACCUCGCUCCCAGGACUUCUCUUGAGUUUAAGCUGUUCUCUCUCUCUCAGGAGUCCGGCAGAUCUGCAGCCAAAUAUUUUGUCAACAGCAAUCCCAAGUUCUUCACUAAAGACUUUGCUGAACCGCAUAUACCAUGUCUGAUGCCAGAGACCGUGACACUGCAGCUGGAGGAGAUGAGCGAGGAAGCUCUGAAGGAACGGAUCAACUUGAGGAAAGUUACAGCUGCUGUUGACAUGUAUGAUCAACUGCUGCAAGCUGGCACGGCAGUCUCCGUGGAAACGACCCAUGACCUGCUUGACCUGAUCUGUCUCUAUUCUGACAGAGACCCCGUCCAGGAUGGACAACCACAGACCGAGGACAUGGAGGGUUCAGGAGCCGACCACAAGAAAAGGAAAUGGAGGGUCCGCCGGGCGUCAGACCUCCUCAAGGUCACUUGGAAAGAAAACAACAACGCGGAGAGAAUCUUUAACCUGCUGCCCGAGAAAGACACACGGUGCUACUCUGCUCUGAUCAGAGGCAUGGUGAUGCAUGGAGCCUAUGCAAAGGCCUUCAGCGUGUACACAGACAUGCUGAACAACAGGCUGACCGCUGACGUCCACAUCUUCAACGCUCUGAUCUCAGCAGCUCCAGACGUCCGAGAAAAAUACAACGAGAGAUGGGACGUCAUCACUGAGCUGUUGAACCAGAUGAGUCAACAGAAAGUCCAGCCCAACCUUCUGACCUUCAACAGCGUCCUCAAAGCUCUGAGACGCUGCGGCGCUUUAGGCAGACAACAAGCUCGACAGACUCUGAACGAGAUGAAGGCUCUGGGAAUAGCUCCCAGUCUGGCCACCUUCAACCACCUCCUGGCAGUCUUUUUCAAAGCAGGCUCCGUUGGAAAGAGCAAUGUCGAUAUUUUACAGGAAGUGAUGACAGAGCUGGCCGGAGCCAGCUUCACCUGCCAGGACCCCGAUGACGCUCUGUUCUUCUCCAGUGCUAUGAGGAUAUGUCUGGAUCAUAAAGAUCUGCACCUGAGCUAUAAGGUCCAGAGUCUCGUGGAAGUCGACGAGAACUGGAGGCUUCUGGGAGAUUCCUUCCAGCAGAGUAUUUACUAUGGGCGCUUCUUCAACCUGCUGUGUAUGAUGGAGCACAUCGACGUGGUGCUGAAGUGGUACAGACGGCUCAUUCCCUCGUUGUACUACCCAAACUCUCAGGGACUGAGGGACCUGCUGCAGGCUCUGGACACUGACAGUCGCCUGGAUCUGCUGCCCACUAUAUGGAAAGAUAUCCGCACUCUGGGUCAUGAUAAUAAGGCUGACCUGGUGGAGGAGGUGCUCAACCUGAUGGCCAGAGAGACACACAGUCCCGAGGUUCAGGAGUCUUUUGCAGCAUGUGCUCUGGAUGUAAAGAGCGUGUUCGAGGGAGACAGAUGGAGACCCGGUCUGGAGUGGAGCAACUCCUCCCUCUCGCACAUCUCCACCCUGCUGCUGCGAGCCAACAAGACCCAGCAGGCCUGGGACAUGCUGCAGCUCUUCAAAUCAAAGAACAGAGUUCCAACCGAGGGGCUGUUAGAGGACUUCCUGUCCGCGUGUCACAGCAACGGCUCUCCCCAGAGAGCAGUGGAGCUGGUCCAGCUUUCCGCAGCCUUCUGUCUCUCCGCAACGCCGAAGCUGGCAACGCGAGCGCUGGCCGAGUUUGAGCUAAGCGAGGAACAAAGAGCUGUGUUAUCUGAACUGGAGUCUGCGGGAGAGCCCUCUGACUGAAGCUGACGUUAAGUGGUUCACCCACUACGACGCCGAUCCAUUGAUAGAAAAACCUGCAGAGAGUGUACUUGUUAUAAAAAUGUAUGUCACAUAAAUAAAAUCUGAAACCUUU